AUGAAGACGAUAUCUGCACUCGGCGUGUUAUCGCUCCUGCUCGGGGUAGUACGAGGGGCCUCCUUCUACGGAGAUGGGUAUGUUCACCUAAAGGUGGAGGAGUCAUCCAACCGUAAUUCUCUCUACGUUCGCUUCCGUACCGCCAGCCAGAGUGGGGUGCUCUUCCUGGCUUCAGGGCACAAUGAUUACCUUCUGCUGGAGCUGAACUCUGGUCAUCUCCAGGUGAAGCUGGAUCUGGGCUCUGGGGACCACAUUCUGCAUUCUGACAGGGGCACCCAGCUUAAUGACUUAGCCUGGCACAGUAUAGAGUUUCUCCAAGUCCGUGACAAUAUCACUCUGAUUGUGGACAAACACACGCAGACCAGUCACAAAAUUCCCGGUCCACAUUACGAGCUGAACAUCAGGGAUGGAAUCUACGUGGGCAGCACAGGCGGUUUGGAUAAGGCUUUUCUGGCUAAUGAUCUGACGGGCUUCCGUGGUUGCCUUGACGAAGUUCUGUUCAACGAGCACAACCUCUUGUCGUCGCUUCGGCCCUACUCAGGCCUUAAGAAUGUCUAUGAGGUCUCUCUUGGCUGCAGUCCACAAUUUUUUGCCAGUGAGGAGGACCCAAUUAGCUUUUUUAGCUCCAAGGCUUAUGUCUCUCUUCCACACUGGACUGCUGAACAAGAGUGGGUGUUUGAGUGCUCUGUGCACACGGCGGCCCAAGAGGGAAUAAUCAUCUACAACUCAGCUCGACUGGGCGACUUUGUUGCCUUGGAGAUCAAAGAGGGUCUCCUAGUUGCAGUGAUGGGAAGAGGUGGAACAAAAACCGAACUCCGCUCUCUCACUUUCAUCAACGACAGGAAAUGGCAUUUCGUCAGCCUACGCUUCACCUCAAAAAGCCUUCAGCUCACAGUGGAUGAAGAGACUGUGAAGACCAGAGUUAGCGCCAGGUCUAAAACUCUUCAGUUGAAAGGUUUCCUUUUCCUUGGGGGAAUUGAUGAUAGCACUCGCUCUGAGGUUAGAAAAAUAGGCCUUGCGUCCGUAGCAGGGAAGCGAGUCAAGGGGGGCUCUUUCAAAGGUUGUAUGAGGGACAUUAAAAUCAGUGAAGUCAAAAUGGGCCUUCCCAAUGCAGUGGUCACAAAGGAUAUUUCUGUUGGUUGUGAACCAGAGAAAGAACCAGAGAUGGUCACAACUGUGGCCCCAACAACGAUCUCGGUCACCCAAGUGUCAUCCAUAGACACGUCCACCCUUGCCAGAGGUUUGAUCAAGAAGUAUGGCCAUAAUUUCUUGGUUCUCCGGAACCUUGUGGUCCCAGAAGGUGGUCGCGCCUCCUUGGAAUCCAAGCACAUUAAGGUCAACCUUGACUUCAAGAAGCUUGGGAUCCGGCAAUCCCAGAUUAUGUUUAGAAUUGAAGAGCAGCCUGUUCAUGGCCAGCUCAGAUUGGACAUUGACCCGGAACAAGAGGAAUACACUUUCAGCAUGCUGGAUCUCUGGCACGGCAGGGUGAUGUACAUCCACGGGGGUUCUGAAGACCCCCAAGACUUUUUCAUGUUCACUGUGUUUAGCAGCAGCAGAAGGGAGGUACCAGACUACCUAAAGGCCAAGAGACUGCAUCGGUUCAAUAUCACUGUGACCCCCACCAACGAUGCGCCUGAACUGAGCCUACCUGAGGGAAAUCUUUUUGUUCUGCUUGAGAACACGAGGAAGAGGUUGACCACGGAUGUCCUGAAAGCCACAGACAUCGACAGCAAUCACACAGACUUUGUGUACUCUGUGCUGGGGAAUCUCAAUGCUGAUGCAGGUUUUUUGGAGCUGGAAGACAACCCUGAUCAUGCUGUGACAAGCUUCUCCCACUCAGCUCUGGCAGAAGGUAAAAUAAACUACGUACACACAGGGGUUAGGAACUCACGGAUAGUACUGAGAGUUAGUGAUGGAGAGAAGGUGAGCAAUACAGUGGUGCUAAGGAUUAUGGCUUUGCCACUGGAGUACAGUAUAGCCAACAACACUGGAGUGGAGGUCACUCAAGGUGAGAUGGUGCUAAUAGGCACAAAACAACUAGCUGUGCAGACUAACGGAGUCAGGCAAGUGGUGGAUAUCCGUUAUGAUGUUGUUGAGCCUCCAAGGUUUGGGGAACUACAGAGGCUACACUCAAGUGGAGAGUGGAAGCUCACCAGUUCAUUCUCUCAGAGGCUUCUGGAAAAGGAGCGCUUGAGGUACUUUAGCAGUUACCAGGGCAUUCAGUCAAGCAAUGUCACAGAUCAAUUCAAGUGUAAGGUCACAGUGGCAGCAAGAGCCACAGAGGAACUGAUCUUUCCUAUCACAGUGAAAUGGAUCAAUUACAGCGUAGAGAAGAACCACAUAAUAGAGUUGGACAAGGUGAGGAGGGUAACCAUCGACUCAGAUUAUCUUUACGCAACAGCAGAAGGUGUGAGUUUGUCUGAAGAUGAGAUUUACUUCAGAGUCGUGUUGCCACCUAAGAGAGGAUUUCUGUUGUUGAAUAAUCAGAAGCUAAGUGAAAAUUCUACAUUUAGUCAAAGAGAUCUUACUGAUCUAAAAGUGGAGUAUCAGUUAGUUGACAGACCUUAUGAGGACACAAACGACAAGUUCAAAUUCCAGGUGUUCUCUAAGCAUGCUCAUUCGGCUGGUUACGUCUUCAGGUUCAAAAUCAAGGCAGAUGUCACCAGCAUAUUCAUGAAAAACCAAGGGCUGAAUGUUCUUGAAGGUGAGAGAAAAAUCAUCACAAAAGACGAGUUAUUUGCAGAGACCCUGAGUACUAAGGAGCUGUACUACACCGUCAUAAGGAGUCCCAAGCACGGGAAGCUAUCGCGCAUCAACCGGUCCAAUUCCACCAACGACAAUAACAACAUCAUGACGUUCAGUAAUCAGGAUAUCUUGGAUGAGCGGAUUAUGUAUGUCCAUGAUGACAGCGAGACAACACACGAUGAGUUUACAUUCAUUGCCUCUACAAGUCCCGGGGUCAAGGCGUCUGUGACAGAGGAUGAGGUUAACUCAAAGGAAGGCACUUUUAACAUUUCAGUGCAGCUGGUGAACGAUGAAAAACCCAUCCGCGUGGUGGAUAAAGUAUUCCAUGUUGUCAGGGACGGCCAGAGGCUCCUGACAUUGGAUGAUCUAUGUUACCAUGACGCUGACUCAGACUUUAACGACGGUCAGCUGGUCUACACCCGCCGCGGUAUCCCGAUGGGAGAUCUGGUCUUGGUAAAUGACACCUCUCAAAAGCUAUACCAGUUCAGACAGGAAGACCUGGAACAGAAACGAGUGCUGUUCGUUCAUCGUGGGGUAAGCUCAGGACGUUUCGUGCUCUUCGUGUCCGAUGGAAAGCACUACGUCUCGACUCUGUUGGAUAUCAGUGCCCAAGACCCUUACCUGAAAAUUGGCAACAACACAGGUUUGCUGGUCCAGAAAGGGCAAGCCAAGCCCUUCAGCAAUGCCAACUUCAGUGUGCUCACAAACCUGGACAUCAGAGACGACAGUGAAAUCAUGUUCAAGGUCACCCAGCCUCCAAAGCACGGUGGCCUCUACUGGAACGAGGACAAGGCUGAAUCAUUCACUCUGCGUGAGCUCAAGGCCGGGGCGCUGUCCUAUCGCCAUGACGACAGUAAGAAUCUGGCCGACUCUUACAGUGUCAAGGUGAAAGCCAAAAACUUGCAGUUUGAUGCCGAGGUCAAUGUGAAAGUGUACUUGGAGAGCCACCAAAGACCUCCUGUUGUCAUUCACAAUAAAAAUCUAGUGGUGGAGGAAGGGAAGCCCGUGAAGCUAGAGAGCAGUAAACUCAAGGUCACUCACGAGGCUAAUUCACCCUCAGAGAUCACGUUCGCUGUUAAAACUCCUCCUACCUACGGGUACCUGCGGAGAUUCAUUGAGGACGAAGAACGUUAUGUAGGAACGCAGGAGGAUCCCGUAAGGACUUUCUCCCAGCAGGACGUCAACGCGGGCAAUGUCCAAUACGUUCAGGUGGUGCCCGGCCAGGUUAAUGACACCCUCACCUUAGAGGCCACCAAUGGGGUUGCUGAUAUCAGUGACAUCACAGUGACUGUGGACAUCAUCCCGCACUAUAUCCCCCUGAAAGUCUCUAACAUCACUCUUAAAGAAGGCGCAUCCAAAGCACUCACUGAGGAAAUCCUGAGUGUCACCAGCAGACAUUUCUCUGGCCUUAACUUCCUGUACAGUGUGUCUGAAGGGCCUUCUCACGGCCGCAUUGAGAAUUCCCGCUUCCGGGGAACACCCAUUAACACUUUCACCAGGAGGCAGGUUGAACAGGAGUUCAUCUACUACGUUCACGACAACUCAGAGACCACGGAGGACAACUUCACUAUCAUCGCCAACGACACUGACCUGCGGAAACACAGCCUGCCCGUGACGGUGCAGGUCCAUGUCCUGCCCGUUAACGAUGAGCCUCCUGUCGUUACAGCCAACAGGGUCCUCCGAGUGUGGGUCGGCUCCGUCACGGAGAUCACUCCCGAAGACACGCGAGCUGAGGAUGAGGACUCCCUGCCGGAAGAGCUGGAGUUCAUCACCACCCAACCCAGUAACGGUCACCUGGCCCUGAAGAGCGCCCCCACCAGGCCGAUCAUGAACUUUACACAGGCCCUAAUCGACCAAGGCCAGCUGCUGUUUGUGCACCGUGGUGCCAUGGCUGGAGGGUUUAACUUCCAGGUCAACGAUGGCGUGAACUUUGCCCCCCGACAGAUCUUCAGCAUCAUGGCCCGGGCUCUUGUUCUCCGAGUGGAAAAGAACAGCGCUCUCAAGGUCUUCCCAGGCUCAUUAUCCUCCAUCACAAAGGAGGACUUGCAAGUCGUUACCAAUGACGACGAAGACAAAUCCAACCGCACCAUUGUCUUCGCCGUUUUAAACCCGCCUAAAUUUGGAAAGCUGGUGAACACGCAGGCCAAUAAUUCUGCUGUGGAGAUUUCCUCUUUCACACAAGAAAUGGUGAACGAGGGGGUAGUGGCGUAUCAUCAAACAGAAACGGAUGCCAUGGGAUGGGCGGCACUGGACACGGUUAGAUUCACCGUUUCCUCAUCCCCAGCCACCCUCGACGACCUGACUUUCAACAUCAACAUCUCUUAUGAAAACACGGGCCGUGAGCGCAAUACUUUGCUCCUCAAGAACACAGGUGCUGCGGUAACAGAAGGUGAUAAAGUUCACAUUGACAAAUCCAAGCUGGAUGCUUCCAACCUGAUGACUAAGCGACCACAGUCUCAGCGUCAUUCCUACGAGGUCUGGUAUCAGGUCACGACCUUGCCCGAACACGGCGUUAUUGUUGUAGGUGAGCGGAACCUCACAGUGGAAAAGCCCUAUUUCUCCCAGUACAUCCUGAACAAGUAUGGAAUCACCUACCAGCAUGACAACUCAGAGACCACGCAAGACCGCUUUGUGUUUGACGCUUUUCUCAACCUGAAAAGCAAGCCGGCAAAGCGCCCCCUAGAGGACGGUGACGUUGUAAGAGAGUCUUUCAACAUCACUGUCACCCCAGUGAACGAUCAGCCACCUGUUUUGAAGACCAAGUCUCCCAGUUUAAGAGUGGUUCAGGGGGACACUGUACCCCUGGGGCCCAGUAACUUAAAUGUAGUGGACUUGGACAACACUCCUGAAGAGAUCCAUUAUACUGUUAUCAGCAAACCAAGCAAUGGCUUUCUGGCUCUUGAGGGAACUUUGAAUGAGUCUGUGGUUACAUUCUCCCAGGCUCAGAUAAAUGAUGGGAAAGUUUUCUUCGUCCAGGACGGGAGCCCCUCCUCCGGGGUGUUCUAUUUCAGUGUUACUGAUGGCCAUCACAAACCAGUCUACAAACUAUUUAACCUCGAGGUGGCUGCAAUCACCAUCUCACUCAGCAGUAAUACAGAAGUUCUGUUAGAGCAAGGGCAAACGUCUGUGGUACUCAACCAGUCUCACCUGGCCGCAGAGACAAAUGGGAGAAACACUUCCAUCCAUUAUCGGGUAACGCUGCCUCCUCGCCACGGCAAACUGCUCAUGGAUAGUGAGGAAGUCUUUAUAUUUACCCAUGAAGAUCUGGAGAGAGAAAGGAUAUCCUACCAUAUGGUCGACCUCAUGUCUUCCAGUGAUAGCUUUGAGUUCACUGCCUCCACAUCAGAGGCUAACCUGACCGGUCAAGUGGUCAACAUCACAGUGAAACCACUGAUCAGGUAUCUGCAGGGUAUGAAGAUCCCUAAUGGAAUUAGAGUGAAGCUGAGGCCACAGUUCCUCAAUGCUACAGAGCUGGCCGUCUUAAGCAGCAGUGACCCUGUUUUUGAGAUUUUGUCACCACCAAGGUAUGGUAGGGUGGUCCGAGCUAGCAAGGACAAGAAGGCAAUCCCCGUGGAAUCUUUCUCAUUCAGCGAAGUUCACCAGGAAACACUGGCUCUUGAGGUGAAUGCAAACCUGACUGGUGUGCAGGAGCUGAACGACUCGUUCGCGUUUACUCUCAAGGCAGAUAACGUUCAACCAGCAAAUGGGGAGCUCUUCUUUAGCAUCAUUCCCUAUGAUCCGGCGCUCGCGACAACAACAGUAAGUUCUGUCUACACGAGUGGUCCGGCUUCACGGUACCAGACCACAGUUAUGAACUCAGCCCUGUUCACAGCAUCUCCUUCAGUCCAGUCCACACUGCGUUCUGCCAAGACCGUGCCAAAGACCAAACGCCGCAACCGCUGGGGUGACGUGAACCGCAGCGACUCGCCGGUUCCCACAAUUCCCAAAUCCACACUUGGGAAAGAGGAGAUCAUUCCGAUGAAAAACACCCCGGUCAGGGUUGAAUCUGUGGCCCAGGAGAGCUCCAACCCACUGCUUGUCAUUCUUCCUCUCCUCGCCUUCGUCCUCCUCGUGGUCAUUCUCGUGGUUUUGGUCCUGUUCUUGCGACGCCAACGGCACAAGAAGCCAAGGCCCAAGAGUGCCCCCGCCCGUCCUGUCAGUCAAGACGGCCUGACCUAUCAGGGGCCUGUAGAGCAGACUCAGUCCGUCCCCAAGGUUACAGUCACUCCUCUUAGCCCAAGCUGUCCAGGAAGUCCUGCCUUAGACAGGCUGCAGGGUUUGACUGGAAACUCUGACUCGCCCUUGCCUCUCUAUUCCUGGGGCGAUUUGGAGCGCGAGGCCUCACAACUCUGCAGAAGUACUAACCCCACCCUACAGAGCAACCAGUAUUGGGUAUGA